ACGAAAAAUAUCAGAAACCUACCUGGUGCUCCAGACUUCAAAGCUAUAAUUCUCACCGGACACCGAUUAAGAUUAAUGGAGUCUAGUGGUAGUGGUCCAGUAAUAGCCUGAUUGCUGGACAAUGGGGAGCUGCAGGUAUUGCCUUUGCUUCGCUAGGAAGUUCCGGCGGAGCGAGGCGGCGCCGCCGCCGCCGGACGUGAAGGAGGCCUUCGAGGCCUACUCCGAUGGAGGCAACCACAUGGGGCCCGAGGGGCUCCUCUGCUUCCUCGCCGAGGCCCAGGGCGAGGCCGGCGCCACCAUCGCCGACGCCAAGCUGAUCGUCGACCGGGUCCGGCAAUUCCACUGCCUCCACCACUUCCUCGGCCGCCCACUCCUCACACUGGACGACUUCUGCCGCCACUACCUCUUCUCCGACGAGCUCAACCCACCCAUCCGAACCCAGGUUCACCAAGAUAUGACUGCUCCAUUACCUCAUUAUUACAUUUACACGGGCCAUAAUUCAUACUUGACUGGAAACCAGCUUAACAGCAAGUGCAGUGAUGACCCAAUCAUAAAAGCAUUGCAGAGAGGUGUUAAAGUAAUUGAGUUGGAUUUGUGGCCAAAUUCUGCAAAAGAUAAUGUUAAAGUCUUUCAUGGAAGGACGCUGACAAAACCAGUGAAACUCAUCAAAUGUUUGAGGUCCAUUAAAGAGUAUGCUUUUUGUGCAUCGGACUACCCUGUUGUGAUAACUCUAGAGGACCACCUUACCCCAGAUCUUCGGGCUAAAGUAGCUAAGAUGAUCAGUCAAACAUUUGGAGACAUGCUUUAUCGCCCCCAGACAGAAACUCUUGAGGUUUUCCCUUCUCCAGAUGCUCUUAAGAGGAUGAUCAUUAUUUCAACUAAACUACCUAAGGAGAACAACUCUCGAAAGGGAAAGCAAACAUUUGAUGAAGAAACAUUGGCAAAGCAGUUUACAGAGCAAAAACCUGAAUUCGAAUAUGAUGAUAAGAAUGAUCAUGAACAGAAUGAUUGUGAUCAGGAGAAAGAUACUGAUGGUGAUGAGUUCUUCCACCAGAAUUCAGCACCUCAGUACAGCCGACUAAUCACUAUUCAUGCUCAGAAACCUAACGGUCGGUUGAGAGAUUCGCUAAAGAUGGAUCAUGAUAAAGUAAGGCGGCUUAGCUUGAGUGAGCAGGAGUUUGGAAAGGCAGCAGCAUUCUAUAGAGCUGAUGUAGUAAGGUUCACUCAGAAGAAUUUGAUCAGGAUAUACCCAAAAGGUACACGUAUUAACUCUUCUAAUUACAAACCUUUGCCUGGGUGGAGGUAUGGUGCGCAGAUGGUUGCAUUUAACAUGCAGGGAUAUGGAAGAUCUCUUUGGCUGAUGCAUGGAUUGUUCAGAGCCAAUGGUGGUUGUGGUUAUGUAAAAAAGCCUGAUUUCUUGCUAAAGGCCAGUCCAAAUGACCAGGUAUUUGAUCCCAAAGCAAGCUUACCAGUGAAGAAAACCUUAAAGGUUAAAGUAUAUAUGGGGGAUGGAUGGCGCUUGGAUAUUAAGCAUCUGCAUUUUGAUGCCUAUUCCCCAGAUUUGUAUAUGAGGGUAGGGAUAGCUGGAGUGCCAGCUGAUACCAAAAUGAAGAGAACAAGAACGAUACAUGAAGAUUGGACACCGGUAUGGAACGAGGAAUUUGAUUUCCCAUUAACUGUUCCAGAACUGGCCUUGCUGAGGAUUGAAGUCCAUAAGUAUAACAUGCCCAAGAAGGAUGACUUUGGUGGACAGACCUGCCUGCCGGUAUUAGAAUUGAGGCCAGGGAUCCGAGCCGUGCCGCUCUAUGACCGCAAGGGAGUGAAGCUCAAGUUUGUGAAGUUGCUCGUGCGUUUCGAGUUUGUCUGAGACCGCAGCAUUGUGCCAUUUGCUGGAGAAGCUGUGGUUUGUUGAAUAUUGAUGAGGGUUUCAAAACUGUAACAUUCAUUUCUACAGUUCAGUGGACAUCUAAAUAACUAUGGUAUCCAUAAUGUUGUUAUUUAAAUCUUGUACAUGAUGAAAUAAGAAUAAUACAGACAACAACAACAAUGAAAUGCUGCUAUGAUUCCCAUUCAAAA